UUGCAGCUGGAUUCCAGCACAGAGCGCUGGGACGCGCGCCGGCUCCCCCAGGCCCCACUGGAGCCUGUUGCUUUCCGGGUGGCUCCAGGUCGGUUUUUCCCAGCGCCUCUAGUGAGGCUUACAAACUUCUAGGCUCUGGGGCUUACCUCAGAAUUUGUCCCCGCCUCCUGAUUGCUCCCCUAGGGCCCUGGUCACCCGGGUUCCAGUUGUUGCCUUUAGGGCGUCCUUGGAACCAGGUCUGCACCGCGGGUGUGGGGAGGGGGCACCCGGAGCGAUGAAGCCAUCCUGGCUACAAUGUCGCAAAGUCACGGGUGUGGGGACUCUAGGGGGACCCCUGCCCUCAACCCCUUCGUCCCGGGGAGCUGGGGUGGCCCGCAGGGCUUUAGUGGCCUCGGGCCCCUGGGGCAGCCUUGGGGGGCGCAGCUGCCGGGCGCUGUCCUCGGGCGGCGGCAACGAGUACAAGACCCACUUUGCAGCCUCGGUGGCCGACCCAGAGAAGUUCUGGGGGAAAGCUGCUGAGCAGAUCAGUUGGUACAAGCCCUGGACCAAAACGCUGGAGAGCAGAUACCCGCCUUCCACUAGUUGGUUUGUGGAAGGAAUGCUUAACAUCUGUUACAAUGCUAUUGAUCGUCAUAUUGAAAAUGGAAAAGGAGAUAAGAUUGCUAUAAUCUAUGACAGUCCUGUUACAAAUACAAAAGCAGCUAUUACCUACAAGGAAGUCUUGGAACAGGUCUCUAAGCUGGCUGGUGUUUUAGUCAAGCAUGGAAUCCAAAAAGGUGACACUGUGGUUAUCUACAUGCCCAUGAUCCCACAAGCCAUAUAUACCAUGCUGGCCUGUGCCAGGGUUGGCGCCAUCCACAGCCUCAUAUUUGGAGGAUUUGCAUCCAGAGAACUAAGUACUCGCAUUGAUCAUGCAAAACCCAAGGUGGUUGUUACAGCCAGCUUUGGCAUUGAACCUGGAAGGAAGGUGGAAUACAUACCUCUUCUCGAUAAAGCACUAAAAAUAGGACAACACCAACCACAGAAAGUUCUCAUUUACAAUCGCCCCAAUAUGGAGAAGGUUCCCUUGGUGCCUGGUCGUGAUCUUGAUUGGGAAGAAGAAAUGUCAAAAGCCCAAUCACAUGACUGUGUCCCGGUUCUUUCAGAGCACCCACUGUACAUCCUUUACACAUCCGGAACAACGGGGCUGCCUAAGGGUGUGGUUAGGCCCACAGGAGGAUAUGCUGUGAUGCUAAAUUGGACAAUGUCUUCUAUCUAUGGCCUUAAACCUGGAGAGGUAUGGUGGGCAGCUUCUGACUUAGGCUGGGUUGUUGGACACUCUUACAUUUGUUAUGGACCUCUUCUCCAUGGGAACACAACAGUUUUAUAUGAGGGGAAGCCAGUGGGAACACCAGAUGCUGGUGCUUAUUUCCGAGUGCUUGCAGAGCAUGGGGUAGCUGCCUUGUUUACAGCGCCUACUGCAAUUAGAGCAAUCCGUCAACAGGACCCUGGGGCAGCCUUGGGGAAGCAGUACUCUCUGACAAGAUUCAAAACAUUAUUUGUGGCUGGAGAAAGAUGUGACGUGGAGACACUGGAAUGGUCUAAAAAUGUCUUCAGAGUACCUGUCCUGGACCAUUGGUGGCAAACAGAGACUGGAUCUCCAAUUACAGCAUCAUGUAUUGGAUUAGGUAACUCUAAAACACCUCCACCGGGGCAAGCAGGGCAAUGUGUCCCAGGAUACAAUGUUAUGAUUUUGGAUGACAACAUGCAAAAACUGAAGGCUCGAUGUCUAGGAAAUAUUGUGGUAAAGUUGCCUUUGCCACCUGGAGCCUUUUCAGGACUCUGGAAGAAUCAGGAAGCAUUCAAGCAUUUAUACUUUGAAAAAUUUCCUGGCUACUACGAUACCAUGGACGCUGGUUACAUGGAUGAAGAAGGUUACCUCUAUGUUAUGUCUCGUAUGGAUGAUGUAAUAAAUGUUGCAGGUCACAGGAUUUCUGCAGGGGCAAUUGAAGAGUCAGUCCUUUCCCAUGGUACUGUGGAAGACUGUGCUGUGGUUGGCAAGGAAGAUCCGUUGAAAGGGCAUGUCCCCUUCGCUCUUUGUGUGUUGAAGAAAGAUAUAAAUGCAACAGAAGGUCAGGUUUUGGAAGAAAUUGUGAAGCAUGUUAGACAGAGCAUUGGUCCUGUAGCUGCUUUUCGAAAUGCAGUGUUUGUCAAACAGUUACCUAAAACCAGAUCUGGCAAAAUUCCACGGUCCACUCUAUCUGCCCUAGUCAAUGGCAAACCCUAUAAGGUGACUCCGACUAUUGAAGACCCCAGCAUUUUUGGGCACAUAGAGGAUGUGCUGAAGCAGGCCUCAUGACUUUACUUGUUCUUUUCAUUUCUUUAUCUUGUUAAUUUUCUAGUUGAAAUUAGAUUGUUUAUGGAAGUAAAUGUUUAAAUAGAAAUUACUUGCCAAUUGAAAUGUGAAUUGCAAGGCUUCAUGUGAGCCAGUUUAGUGAGGAGUAGAGAACAAAACCUGUCCAUGUUGGUUUCCGUGACUCAAUUUGAAUUGUUUAAUAAUUGCCUGUAAUAUGGCUCAUUGUAUGCUGCCCAGCAUAUUAAGAAAAUGUCUGAGUUUAAAAGUCACACCAUCAUAAAUUAAAAAUGAUUAUGUCUGGACAUGUAGUUCCACUUAAAUUUCUAUAAAACUAUUAAUCCUUUAAAAUAAGAAGUUGGAAGAUGAGUUUUAGUUUGUAUCACUUAUGUAGAAUAGACAGAAUUCAGUAAUGACUUGAUUCAUAGUUCAGCAUGCACCAGUAAUCAAAGCAUAUAUUAAAAUGCAAAAUAGGAACCAGGCCGAUUGAAUCUUGGGAGGUUUUGAAACAAGUUGUUCUAAUUUCAUAGGCUGGCUGAGAAAGUACACAUGAAAAAUAAUAGAGAAUUGACCUAUGUUGACUCAAAAAUAAUGCAAAUCUUGUAUGGAAGCAUGAAAAUAUUAGCUCUUGGUGGGCUAUAGACAAAAAAAUGUCUUCUCAAAGUAUUAAAUGUUUAAUUGCAUAAUCUAUCUUCUUGAUGGUUACAUCCAAAAAAAAUCAUCUUUAAUUAUUUCAUUAGCUUGAAUUAAAGUAACUUGAUAGUCAUUCUCCAUCUUGAA